AUGCGUCGUGCCGGUCGUAUCAAAGAGUUUGUGUCGAUCUGCAAGAACCAGGCGCACAAGACCGUGUCGAUCGCGUGCGACGGUGGCCGUUUGUGUCGGCCCUACAUUAUCGUCGAGAAUGGGCGUCCCCGUCUCACACAGGCACACAUCCAAGAGCUCAAAGACGGCCUACGCACAUUCGACGAUUUCAUCAAGGAGGGUAUGAUCGAGUACCUCGACGUCAACGAAGAGAAUGACAGCAUGUUGGCGUGGAAGGAGUGCGCCAUCACCAAAGACUCGACACAUCUCGAGAUUGAGCCCUUCACGAUGCUCGGCUGCGUCGCCGGUCUCAUUCCCUACCCACAUCACAACCAGUCGCCACGUAACACCUAUCAAUGUGCUAUGGUACUCGCCCAUCAACACGGUCGACAUGAUCCGUGUCAGCAAGAUGAACGACGCCUCGUUCAAGUCGGCCACGAUGAACUACAAGUACGAGAACCCCGCCUUUAUCGACAAGGUCAUGCUCACCAACGGCGACGACAACCAGCUGCUCGUCAAGUUCCUCAUGCGUAG